UUAGACGGUUGCUCAGGGUGAACGAAGUGGAGCACUGAUAGCAUCGCACCAAACAAAUCACUCUCUCCCCCCUACAAUAACCCAGUGUCCCCUUUCCCUAACCCAUGGCGUCCAGUUCUAACAUAGACAUUGAGGGUGCGACCCAGCAUCUCCGGGAUAUCCUCAAACUCGACCGCCCCGGGAGCAGCGCCGAUUCUCAGUCAAAUGACAGCCAGAGGAAGCCGUCAUUUAAUGGAGAGCUGAACGGGUUAUUGGGAGCAGCUGGCCUUUUGGGAGCGGCCAGUGACCGGUCAUCUAUGACUGAAUCCACUGGAGCCAGUGCAGCAGACAUCACCAAUACUCAGGAGAGUCAAAUAAUAUGCCUUUCUGGUGAUGAUGGAUCCACCUGUAUUCCCAUUGUCUCCAACAAUGUAGAGAUUGUUGCCAGUCGAGACUCCAGCAUUGACAGCAAGGCUCGGGGCAGCAACAAAGUGAAGAUCCAGCCUGUUGCCAAGUAUGACUGGGAGCACAAGUAUUACUAUGGCAAGCUGAUAGCCGUGUCAAACUCCUUCUUGGCCUAUGCCAUCAGAGGAGCCAACAACCAUGCCAUGAUUCGCGUGCUGAGUGUGGGAUUUACUGAGCGCUCCCUGCUGAAGGGCUUCACUGGGGCCGUCACAGACCUGGCCUUUGCCCACCUCGACUCCUCCCUGCUGGGAUGCGUGGACGAAGCCGGCAACCUGGUGGUCUGGCAGCUCACCUGCACCGGCAGCAAGAUACUAGACCAGGUGGUGGUCCAUAUCCGACAGCCAGAGGACACUCCUCUGAACUUGCAUCGCCGUCUCAUCUGGUGCCCUUUCAUCCUGGAUGACCAUGAGGAGAACCAGGAUGACACCAGCCAGACUCUGGCCCUCCUACAUGAGGACAGGGCAGAGGUUUGGGACCUGGAGGUCCUGCGAGCCAACAACAGCAGCUGGCCUGUCGAUGCCACAGAUUUGAAGGAGGGGGUCAUCACAGUCAGAGGACACACCCAGCGUGUCAGCGAAGGUGCCCUGUCUCCAGAUGGUACUGUGUUGGCCACAGCCAGCCAUGAUGGAUACAUCAAAUUUUGGCAGAUAUACAUAGAGGGGACACAGGACCAGCCCAGGUGUCUUCAUGAAUUGCGGCCACAUGGAGGACGCCCCCUCUCCUGCCUUCUGUUUUGUGACAACCAUAAGAAGCAGGACCCUGAUGUUCCUUUCUGGCGGUUCCUAAUAACCGGAGCAGAUCAGAACCAGGAGCUGAAGAUGUGGUGUACUGUUUCCUGGACUUGCUUACAGACCAUCAGGUUCUCUCCAGACCCGUUUAACUUGUCUGUUCUGCCAAGUUUGAAGGCCAGCCUGGACCUGUCUGCCGAGUAUCUCAUCCUGAGUGACGUACAGAGGAAGGUUCUGUACGUGAUGGAGCUGAGACAGGACCAGGACAAAGGCAAGGCCAGUUUCACAGCUGUGUCAGAGUUCCUAUUGACCCACCCUGUGCUCAGCUUCGGGGUGCAGGAAGUCACCCAGAGUCGACUGAGGCACACUGAGGUCCUCCCUGCAGAGGAGGAGAGCGAGAGCAUGACCACAGAGGGCAGCCAAGGACCCAUGGAAUCCAAGUCUGGGAUCCAGAUCAAACUAUACUGCGUCCACACCAAGUCUCUGCAGGAUGUUCAGAUCUGGUUCCAGCCCAACCUUGGUUCCAACUCUGCUGUCUUCCUGCCUCAUUCUGACUCUCAGGAUGGCUUUGCAGGCUUCUCCGACCAUCUGACAGACCAAAGCUCAGACAAGGAGUCGGGGAGUGGCUCCCAGAACGACCUGAGGAAGAUCCCGUCUCUUCCCGCUCCCGCUGACUUCCUCUCCGCCUCGACCACAGGCAGUGGGGCGAUGCCCAAGCUGAUGACGCCCGAUGCUUUUAUGACCCCAAGCACUUCGGUGCCAGCUUCUCCUGGCAGCAGUGCCAGCAGUCUGACCAUCGUGACGGCCAUCAGCAGCAACUCAGACUCUACAAGCAGAGCUGUAGAGGAUGUGAGCCAGAGUCCUAACAGAGUAGAGAGCAACAACAGCAGCAGUAGUCUCACUCUCUCCACCAGCAGCCCUAGAACGGCCUCUAUUCUGCUCCCGGGACUCGAGAACCUGCAGGCUCUGGCAUCGCCCAGUGGCCCUCUCUCUCUUGACAGCUCACAGGUCCUGGACCCGCCCCUCCUUCCACCACAGGCCUCCCCAACCAGAGCCCGCUCCCCCGACGUCAUCUCCUCUGCCUCCACUGUCAUGUCUCAGGACAUGCCGGAGAUUGCCUCUCAAACCCUGCAGCUUCAGCGUGGCCUCAUCUCCAACCCAGAGCCUCUCCCCCUCUCUGCCCUCCAGACCGACAGCAUGGCCUCCGCUGCCUCCGCUUUGCACCUCCUUGCAUCGCCACGUACGCCCAACAACAGCAGCUUGUUGCCCCUGGAGCUGGGAGGUGUAGACGGGCCUGUGGGAGGGUCAGUAGAGCCUGAGGCAAGACUGAGCCACACCCCUUCUCUCUUGGAGACUGCCCUGUCGCAGGAGAACACUGCAGCGGGGGGAGGGCCCUCAGAUGGGAGUGUCAGCCACACACCAUGGCCAGCAGCACCUGAUAUCACCAGGGAAACUAGGAACAGUCUGAGGGACAAUGGACUUGGUGACUGUUCAAGAGAGGAGCUGAAGGACAGACACAUGAGUUCGCCCUACCACAGGCGCUUGUAUCACCUCUCACAGAAUGAUAGUCAAGACCCAAGUGCAGAGCAGAGUGACCAUGAUGAUGAGGUGGCCAGCCUGGCGUCUUCCUCGGGCAACUGUGGCACUCGCUCCUCUCACAGACUCCCUGUUCAAGACUGGAAGACCUCACCGCGAGGCUCACCCAAACCGAAGAGGAAGAGCAAGAAAGAGGAUGGUGAAUCCUCUCAGUCCAGACAGACGGACUCUGGUCAGAUGAAUGCAGAGGUUCAAGAGGAGUUGUUGAUGCUCCUGCGUGGCCAGCAGAGGGAGCUAGCAGAACUGCGUGGACAGAUGGAAGCCAUGCAGAGCUCCAUUAUGGCCCAGGUCGAGCACGUCAUAGCCAGUCACCAGGAGCAGGAGCAGCGCAGACUGGAGCGGCUGCUGGCAGAGAGUCAGAGUCAUCAGCAGCAACUUCAGGAGCAGCUCAGCCAGCAGCUCAGCCACACCCUAAGCUCUGCCCUAACCAACAGGAUGGACAAAGUGCUGCGGGAGGAAAUGAAGAAGACUGUCCCACCGACCAUUUCUAAGAGCCUGGAGCCAGUGACAGGUCAGCUGAGUAACACAAUUGCUGCUAAGCUGACUGCUGUGGAGGUCACCCUGAAGGACAAUGUCACCAAGGUGGUCAAAUCUAAGAACACAACAGAUGCAAUUGGGCGAGCAGCUGCAGAAGCGAUGCAGGGGCCAAUCCAAGCAGCCUAUAAAGACACGUUUCAGAGCAUCGUGCUGCCCGUUUUUGAGAGGGGGUGUCAGUCCAUGUUCCAGCAGAUCAACGACAGUUUCAAACAGGGAACGCAAGAAUAUAUCCAACAGCUUGAGGCCCACGUUAAGAACAGGAAGCAGAGAGAGCAGGAGGCACGAGACCCUGUGAUUGACCAGCUCCAGCAGAUGAUUGACAGCUUCCAGAGCUCCACUGACCAGCUGGCCAACAGUAUCACAGCCAGUAUGCGUGCCGACGUGCAGCACCAGCUUCAGAUGAUGGUGGGAAACUUACAGGAGUCUAUUCUGAGCCACGUGCAGCGUAUUGUUAAGGGCGAGGUGAGCUUGGCAAUGAAGGAGCAGCAGGCGGUGGUCACCUCUAGCAUCAUGCAGGCCAUGAGGUCUGCAGCCGGCACGCCCGUCCCCACAGCACACCUAGACUACCAGGCCCAGCAAGCCAACAUACUGCAGCUGCUACAGCAGGGCCAACUCAACCAGGCUUUUCAGCAGGCCCUGUCAGCGACAGAUCUGAACCUUGUCCUGUAUGUGUGUGAGACCAUCGACUCCCAGCAGGUGUUUGGCCAGCAUCCCUGCCCUCUGAGCCAACCUGUGCUGCUGUCACUCAUCCAGCAGCUCUCCUCCAACCUCACGACCCGAUCAGAGCUCAAGAUCAGCUACCUGGAGGAUGCAGUGAUGAACCUGGAUCAUGGCGACCCCCUGACUAGAGACCACAUGGCUGCUGUGUUAUCCCAGGUCAGACCGAAGCUCUUCUCCUUCCUGCAGCAGGACCCCCACAGCCCGCUCAGCAAGAGGGCACGGCGCCUAAUGAUGAUGCUGCAGGGCCUGGUCAACCACUAGUCCUUCAUUCAAAGUCUGGUGCAGAGGAGAGAUUUCCUCAAUGACGCUGAUCAAAGGUCGCUUUUUUUAAUGUCUCCGCUAAAAGUUAGUUUUUGGUAGCACCAGGGACAACUUCACCCCCACCCCUUCUGAGCUGUCUCUUGGUGUUCCAUCAUGAUGUGUGAUGAUGAUGUCAUUGCAGCUACCCGAGAGAUGGCGAAAACACCCAGGGAGCCUGGGCGGAAAGUAAGAAGAGGAGGAGGAACAGGAAAGGCAAUUUGAACGUGUGAGGGGGUGGGAGGGCUGGUGGCUGAAUAUGGACGAUGAGUGCUCAAAAGUGACUGAGAGCUCAAGAUUACCCCCUUGCUUCAAGAAAGUCCCUCCUGGCCUUCUGCACCACCUCAAGUCCUUUAGUCUUCCCCUCCUCCUGCCAUCUCUUCCCAUUCCUCCCACCCUCCCUGCACCAGUGAACUGCCCAGCUAGAAGGUAGAAACAACUAUUUUUGUCACCUUUUUUCCUGGACAUGCCUGCAAUGCAAGACAGCAACAGUCUGGAGGCAGAUUGUUCUCAAUUUCUACUAGAGAGACUUGUUAAGUUUACUGUAGACUCUUCCAGACCUAGGAUACUGCUCCUUGGUUCCCAGAGAGAUUUCUUCUGGUUUUCUCUCACCCUUUUAUCGGCGUCAAAGCAAAAGGCUGUCUCAGAAGAGACAGCCAGACAUGCUGAAAAUUUUUGGUUGUUCUGUCUGCCAUUCAGACAGUAUACACAUAACACCUGACACUCCUUUGAUGUCUCUUCAGACGCUUUCCAAAAAAUAUUUUGAGUGUUGGCAGAGUUGGUCAACAUGACCAGACCCGAACAGGUAACAUUGCUGUUUCUUUUUUCUUCUAUUGUAUUCCUCUAACCCAUCUGUCAUAGAAAUGUUCCGAGUCUGAUUGUGUUACUGUCAAGGUUGUGAUCCAGGAGCUACUUUUCUUGGCAGCUGAGAUGAGCAAUAUUUCUCUCUGUAAGGACAGAGAUGUGCAGAUGGGAUACAAUCGAUAUGGGAAGCACAGAGGUCUAUAAGAAACAAAAGUAUGCUAAGAAAAAAAUUAGAAAAAUUUAAAAAAAAAAUUUGGCAUUGUCAAUGUUGCUGAUGAAACAGUCCACCUCAGAAUGUCGCCUUUGAAUGGUGGCCUUAACAGAAGGCAGGAGGCCUGGAGACCAACUUCACAUGCUUGCUAGGUGCAUCUUGGGAUUCAGUCGCAUCAGGAUUAGUCAAGCUGUCUUCAGUCAACCAAGCUAAUUCUGGCAAUCACCAAGAAUGUAACAGGGCCAAAGCCAAUUCAUUUGGUAGUAUAACUCUUCUCAGUUAUUUUUUAAUAGGUUGGAGUUGUCAACAUUCCCAAUCCAAAUAUUUUUUCUGUAUUUUGAGGUGGAUCUUCACAGUGAAUUGGUUUAAUUGGAAAUGAAUUGAACUUGGUCCUGCUUUGGAAGUGUUCAGGAUGAAAAGCAGCUUGAGUUAUCAUUAUCUGCUGUCUAGCUGGCCUCCUUUUCAGAACCCAUUCAAAUGAGGGUCUCUGAAGGAUACAAAUAAGAUGAAAGGAUGAGAAAUAACUAGGAAAACACUAUUGAAAUGUAACAGAAAUGCUUUGUGUGGAUACCCAAGGCUAAAGACUAGAAUUUCUGUGAAUGAUGAAAGUUGAGCCCAGCAUCCAGGAUGGCAGCCGUCCACGUGUACAGCUGUAUACUUAAAACUGAUCAGAUCAUACCCCCAUGUUUUCUUCUAUAUGUUAGCCCCUCUUUUUAUAUAUCCUUAGUGUUUGUAAGACUUGUAUACUUGCUUGAAGACUUAUCAAAGUAGUUAUUAUCUACUAGAAAACACUUCCUACAUAUAAAUAUUGCCACUGAUUUUUUUUUUUUUUUUUUUUCAAAUCAGGUAAAUGUUUGUAAACUUGAUGUACAGUUACUUCUCCUGGGCUCUAGGGGGCAGCACUUAGUUGAACUGCAAACACAUCGAUAUUGCUUGUCAUGGUUUCUGAAUUUAUUCAGCAUUCCUGAUCUUGAACUGUUAGUUUCAAACUGCAACCAACCAUUUAAGAGCCUGUCUUUAGGUUGCAAACUUACCAUUUGUUCAUCUUUUGAAGUGUUUUGAAAUUGUAUGAUAAUCUGUGUACAGCCCAAUUACAAACAGCAUUGUUAAUUGCAGGGUGGCCACAGUGUUUUGCUGAUUGUAAAAUACUCAGCAGUUCUGUUAAUUUGGCCCUUGUGUGCUUAGAAUCUGUUAAGUUGGAUUUGUCUAGCAAGUGCCUUAUUGUACUUUAUUCAUGGAGAUUUGCUCCCAUUUGAACCUUUAGACAGCUUGUAAUUUGAGUGUCAAACAUUAACCCCAUAGCUUAUGCAGUUCCACUUAACUUUUACAAGGAUACGGGGACAUCAAAAGGUAAUUGGGGAUCUAAUGUAAGGCUCAAACAGCACAGUAGAGGAGAACAUGUAUGUUUUAGGUUUGCAAACAUUAUUGGACUACCGAGACAAGCUACUGGGACAUAUGUUUGGAUUGUCAUUUUACUACAUUGAACAUUUGAGAAAGAGAAAUGCUAUUUUGACUACUAGCAGUUUUACAGUUUCAGUUCUAGUCCCUGGUUUGUUGGUGUAGGCAAUUUUCAGUUAUAUGACAAACAGAUAAUUUACGUUGGUAUGUUUUUUUUUUUUUUUUUUUUUUUUUUUUUUUUUUUUUUGAAGUGUCUUUCCUAUGCCAAACAAUGUAAAAGGCAACCAGACCCAGACCAACUCUGCUAUUAUAGAUUCCAGCACCUUCACAAUUCCACUUGAUUUAUUUCAGACUGAUUUUCAGUGAGACCAGACUCUUCUAUGAUUUUGAGUUUUGUUGUCUUUAGCAACAGCUCUAUAGACAUGGCACUAGAUAAAUAAUCCUGUGUGGACCUCUGAGCACUGGACAGGCCCACGUGUCAGAGCAGUGUGUGUUGGGGACACGAGUUGUAUUUGUUAACACUGGCCAAUAUCACCUCCAAGGUUACACGGCUCUGAGCGACCCUGCAAGCUGCGGAGUCCACGGCCUGCAUCUGUCUUUUCAAUUUUAUAUUAGGUUCAAUAUUUGGAGGGAUGUGAAAUCAGCAUUUGUGGUCAGGUAGUCCCAUAAUAAUUAAUCUUUCAUUGUACCAAAUUAGAAAGGUCGGUUUUGUUCCUGAGCAGCUUUAUGUUUCAUCUGAAAUGGCAUUCAGGGUUCAAGACAUGCCUGAAUCCAAACAGAGGUAUUGACAAGACAAGGUCUAAGAGAGUUAAACUUUUUCUUUCGUGAUCAGGAUUCAUUCAUAAUACACAUCAAGAUAAACAAGAUCAGAAUGUCAGUUAGAAAGCUUGCACAGCAAUGCUUCAGUAUAUAUAUACAUUUCUUUUCCUAGUUUGUUGCUCAAAAUUGACUGUUUUUUUGUGUAUGCCAGACUGCCAUUAUGUUAAUUUCCCUCUGCUUGGAUGGAUGGUUAUGUUGUAUAUUUUACAAGUUAUUUUACCCUAAACAUUUUUGGAAUAAUAAAAAAGACUUGUUCAA